GGCCGGAAGUGCCCCUGGGCGGACGGAGAAAGCUUGUAGAAGCUUAGGGCUCGGCGAUAGCGGGACGCGGGGAGCGGGGCGGGUGAUUUGCCUAAGUGAAAGUGAAGAAAGCUCGGAGCCCCAGGACUACAGUUCCACCCAUGCGUACAGCGACCGGCUGGGAGCCCGAGAAGCCGAGCGUACGGCCGCGGUCGCGGAAAGGGGACAGUCACUUCCCGGAAGAGGCGGGGCCAUGGACGAGAAGGCACCGAAUUCGAAGUGCUCCCCAGGAGCUUUCCGGGGCAGGGUGCUAGGCGCCAAACGGUCGACUUUGCUUGGGGAAGGAAAGAGAAAGUCUUUCCUUUUCUUUUUUUAUUUUUUGAGAAGAGGAAAUUUAGAAACUUGUAGACAGCAGUAGUUAAGAUUCAGGCCAAACUGGUAAAUCACGGAAGGGCGUCUUUCAAAACCAAGGAGGAAGGGUUGUCCCGGGUGCCUCGAAUAACAGCAGAUAAUCACCAGGAUGGGAGUGAAUGACUUGUGGCAGAUUCUGGAGCCUGUUAAACAACACGUCCACUUGCACAGUCUUGGUGGGAAAACCAUUGCGGUUGAUCUGAGUCUCUGGGUAUGUGAAGCACAGACAGUCAAAAAAAUGAUUGGGACGGUCAUGAAGCCCCACCUCAGGAACCUAUUUUUUCGUAUCUCAUAUUUAACGCUAAUGGAUGUAAAACUGGUGUUCGUUAUGGAAGGGGAACCCCCAAAGCUGAAAGCUGAUGUCAUAAGUAAGAGGAAUCAGAUUCGGUAUGGACCUUCGACAAAAACAUGGUCUCAGAAAACAGGGAGAUCACAUUUUAACUCAGUCUUAAAGGAGUGUCUUGACAUGCUGGAAUGCUUAGGAAUUCCCUGGGUCCAGGCUGCUGGAGAAGCUGAAGCCAUGUGUGCUUACCUCAAUGCCAGUGGUUACGUAGAUGGCUGCCUCACCAACGACGGCGAUGCUUUCCUUUAUGGGGCCCAAACUGUUUAUAGAAAUUUCACCAUGAAUACCAAGGACCCACAUGUUGACUGUUAUACAAUGUCAUACAUCAAGAGUAAACUAGGUUUGGAUAGAAAUGCUCUGGUUGGGCUAGCAAUACUACUUGGCUGUGAUUAUCUUCCAAAGGGAGUCCCUGGAGUUGGAAAAGAGCAAGCAUUAAAACUUAUAAAGAUUUUGAAAGGACAAAGUUUACUUCAGAGGUUUAAUCAGUGGAAUGAAAAAUUUUGUUACUCUAAUUCACAACCAGCAGUUGUUAGCAAACUGGCUCAUUGCUCUGUAUGUUCCCAUCCAGGUUCACCUAAGGAUCAUGAACGUAAUGGAUGCAAAUUAUGUAAAACUGAUCGAUAUUGUGAGCCACAUGAUUAUGAAUACUGUUGUCCUUGUGAGUGGCACCGAACAGAACACGAGAGACAACUAAAUGCAGUGGAAAACAGUAUUAGGAAGAAAGCUUGCAGUUGUCAGGGAUUCCCAUUCCAUGAGGUUAUUCAAGAAUUCCUUUUGAACAAGGAUAAAUUGGUGAUGGCAAUCAGGUACCAAAGACCUGAUUUAUUAUUGUUUCAGAGAUUUGCUCUUGAAAAAAUGGAGUGGCCCAGUCACUAUGCAUGUGAGAAAUUGUUGGUACUGUUGACCCACUAUGACAUGAUAGAAAGAAAGCUCGGUACAAGGAACUCUAAUCAACUACAGCCACUUCGAAUUGUUAAAAACCGAAUCAGAAAUGGAGUUCGUUGCUUUGAAAUAGAAUGGGAAAAGCCUGAACAUUACUCUAUAGAAGAUAAACCUGGACAAUUGGUUUUACAAACAAUAGAAGAAGAAUCAUUGUUUGAAGCAGCUUAUCCUGAGAUUGUUGCUAUUUAUCAAAAACAACAGUCAGAAAUUAAAGGCAAGAAACAAAAAAGCAUGAAAACUAAGUCUAAAGGAAACAGUUUGCCAGAAUCAGAUGAUAUGAUGACUUUGCAAUCACACAUGACUUUAAAACCCACAUGUGAAAUCUUUUCUAAGCAGAAUUCCAAGUUAAAUUUGGAAAUUUCCCCUGAUUCUACAUUACCACAGGAAUCUACUGUGUCAUUGAAUACCUUGCUUUUACCUGAAGAUGCUCCCUGUUUGAAUACACAAGAACAGUUAAUAUCUUCUCCAAGACCUUUGGCUGUGCAGCAAAUUAAAGCUGUCAGUAAGUCUCUGAUUGCAGAAUCUAGUCAACCCAGUACCUCAUCCCUUAAUAUAUCUGCAAUUGCUGAUCUGCACUUGAGCACCAUUGACUGGGAAGGUACUUCUUUUAGUAAUUCUUCAGCUAUCCCAGGGAACACUUUUGCUCAUGGUGUAAAAUCGGAACUUGAAACAGCUAUCCCUGAUAGCUUUAAAAAUAUUACAGAGCAAUUGUCAUGUGAAUCAGAAUGGUGCACUACAAACAUUAAUAAACAGUUCGAUUGGGAUCUUCAAAAGACUGAUCCUGAAGAGCACCUACUUUCUGGCAUUACUGAUUUACAUCUUCAGGAUUUACCUUUAAAGGAACGAAUACAUAUAAAAUCAUCAUAUCCUCAGAAUAAUGUACAACCAGAUGAUGAUCUGAAAACAUUGUCCCUACUUACUGUACAAGAACACUGUAUUGCUAAUAGUAGUUCUGAGUGUCUAUCACAUCUUUCAAAAGAUUUUCUAGGAAUUCAUUUGCAAAAUGAAUCUAGAAACUGUAAAGUCCUAAAAGGAAACCAGCUGUUUCCAGAAAACUAUAAAGCAAAUACUUCUAUACCUUAUUCUGUCAAUAACCCAAUAGUAAAGACCUCCAAUGUUAGAAUUGGACCACCAAAUACUGCUUUAGAUUAUAGUAGAAAAGUUGAUGGGCAAACCACUCGGAAAACUGUAAUGAAGAAGAGUGUUUGCCUUGACAAACAUUCCUCUGGUGAAGAAAUUAUCCCAGAGUCUGGGAAAGCUAAGUCCACAACUCAAAAAAUGAAGCAGAGUUCUCAGAAACAUAGCCCAGCCCAGUUCAAAAAAAAUGAUGCCAACAAACUGAGUAACCCUAAAGCACAUAUUAAAGAAACUGAACAGUGUGUCCAGCCUUAUAAAACAGCUGGAAAUGAAGAAACCCAUUUCCAAGAUGCAGCAAAAUGGUCUCUGAGUUUCCUACAGUGUCAUAAGGAAAAAGACGUCUCUGGUACCUGUUUGGAUAGUCCUCUUCCUUUAAGUCAGAGAUUAAAACUAAGGUUCCAAAACACCUGAAAUUAAAUUUAAAAUAUUCAAGUAUAACUUAGUAUUCUAGUACUGUUGGCAUUAGCAGAAGCAGAAGGAAGGUAUCUAGUUAAUGUAUAGUAGAAAAAUUUAACGUGAUUCUAUAUGUUGUGAGACACUUGACAUUUUAAUCAAAACUGUAAUAAAAAAUGUUACCUAAAACUUUGGUUUUAAAAGACGAUUCUCUGCAGUGAAAACUUCAGAUAAUGUAUAUUUUUAUAACAUACUUUUUUCAUUAAAAAAAAUCUUUAUUGA